AAUCGGUGAUCUAUCGACACGAUUUCACGCGAGUUCGAUUAUUCUGAUGUACCGAUCUCUUCUAGAAGUCCCUCCUGCGCCACAUUGCGUCGAGAGAUCGAAAUUAAUGAGAAUCGAGCAGUCGGUAAGACAGGCAAGUCUGUCACCAUGGCAAUUCAGAUGGUGCUGUCAACUUCAGAUCAAUAAAACCUCAAAAAAAAAAUCGGCAAAACCAUAAAUGGAUAAAUCUUUAAACAGUGAAUAAAUCUUUAGUCCAAAUAUAUCUGUUUGUCAAUAAUAAAUUAUGAGUGAAGACAGUCCGAGGUACUUUGAUCUGAAGCCACCGGAAGUGCCAUUGUCCAUAAAUAUGCAGAGCCCGGACUUCGAGAAAUUAACAUCCGCUGAAAAAUUGAACGACAGCUCCUACAGGAGUUUGAUCUAUCGGACAUUCCCGAACGAGCCGAUUUGCACGUGCUCCAAAGAUCCUCGGUUCCGCGGAAGAACUUCCGGUAGAGACUGCCCCGGAAAUUGCAAGAACAACUGCUGCAGGAGAAAUCAGUCAACCGCAGAGGUAAAGAACAAUGGUGACUCCUGUGGAAGUCGAAGAGGUGGGGAUGACAAUAGGACCCACUGUCCAUUGCAAAAGGUCAGACUUCGUGGCGGUGGUUGCGAAGAUUUAUACCGGAAGUGGGAGGACCUGGACAACUCGAGAAUUCCGAGAUUCGAUAAUCCCCUCAACUGCUCCCCAUCAAAUUAUAUUCCCAAUUAUUAUUACACCAGCACUGAAAAUUUCUCCUCAAAAAUUAGGAAUCCCCUGGAUGCCACGAGGUGCCGAGCUAAUCCCAGAGGAUGUGGGGAGGGUCCCUGUAUUGGAGCGGAUUGUUUCCUGCGGACGUUGAGAGAGACUCAGGAGUUUGUCGACUCCCUGGGGAAGACUCCGGGACUUGCGGGACUCGGGUUGGAGGAUCCGUCGGAGAGUCCUUACUUUAGGAUGAAAGAAUUGGCGUUGGAAGAGGUUGAAUCGGUUCCUAUUGAGGGUCCGAAGAUGAAUAAAAAAUGUGCCAGGGGUCACGGUCACCAGAGGAACCAGAGAGGAGACGAUUCGAUGGUCAUCAAGACCAAGCCCUUCACAUUGGCGUCAGCCGCCAAAAGAGACCCGUUUUCAGGACUUCCUCCGCUCUCCUCCAACCCUUUAUCCUAUAACCUCGAGAAAUCUGAAGAGCCUCCAGAGGAUGGUAUGGGUCCUUGCGGUGAGUCCUGCUGCAGGUCCCGACGGAAGAGGAAGCCGGUCACUCCGAGUUCCCACGAGAUCGUGAAGUCCAAGGAGAAGGAGAGAAGAGGUUCCAGGAGAAGCUUCCAGCAGAAGAGGCUGAAGGGACGGAAGAAUCGGGGAGUAAUUCCAGUUAACACCGGUGUGGAGUUGAGGGACUCUCGGAGGAGAAUUAAAUACGUCUAUCUGGCUGGUGAUAGCUAUCCCGGGUUGACCAUCGGCCACAAGCACUGCAGCAUCCCCAGGAAGAGGGUUCCUGCUAAGAUGGGGUGGCUGUGGAACGAGCAUCCGACCUCAGGAAGGCUCAAGCCCAGGGUUGGAUGGCGCCCUGGCGCUCUUUCCCGCACCUUGAAGGAAAUCAUCAAGGAGAUUAGGGCGGGGGCAUUGGAGGACUCGCGGUCUCGGUCCGCUCACUCCAGGAGCAGAUUGAAGAACCGGAGUCAGACCUCCAUGAGGAAGACGACCUCCAAGAGGCUGGACGAGGAGGAAGAGGAGCCACCGCCAACUCUUCACAUCCUCAGGCGGGAUGGUACCUAUUAUGUCACCAUGUAUCCUAUUAAACAGGAGACCAUGGAGGUACCUCAGCUGGAGGAACCGAUGAAACCGCUCCAGUUCAAGAUCGUCAAGGAUCGGGAUGACUCCGACAGUGGGAGUUCCACGGCUUCUGACAUCGAGAUCGAGUUCUCACCACCUGCUGCCGUCAAUAGGUACAGGAGGCAACCAGACGUCGUGCAUGUCGAUAUCCAGGUCAAACAGCAGGAGAUUAUCGACGCCUUCAAGGACGAGGGGGAGAAGAAGAAGGAGAAAAAGGGAAAGAAGGGAAAAAAAUAGGAGAAAUAGGGGGACAUCAGCAGGAGUGAUUGAUCAACAAUUUUAAUUCAUUGAUUAGUUUAUCGAUGACGAUAAUUUCUGAAUAGCAGACGAAAAAUUAAAAAUUGUGUAAUCAAAAAAAUCGAAGAAUAAUCAUUGCAAUAAAUUACACUUUUUUUUU